CUGCGGGCAGCGGGUGCCGGGGUGGCUUCCUGCGCAGGCAGAGCCAAGCCUGGGGCUGGUGAGCGAAAGGGGGAACAGAAAGCCCCAGGUGCAGUGGGGCCAGGUGGCAGCCAGCGGCACACCAUGAGCUCUGCUACUGGGAGCUGGAGCCCUGUGGCAGACCCUCCUGUCCCCCAGACCCUCGCAGUGCCUGUGGGUCCAGCCCCAGGACAGACAGCCACACCUGGCCUCAUCCUGACACCCCAGAGGUGCUGCUGCUCUAACCACAACCCCACAUCCCAUCCCUGUGCUGGGUCAGGUCUGUGGUGGCCCUGGCAGGGGCACGCAGGGUCCCUGCUCUGCACACACAGCUGGCUGCAGGGCAGCAUUUGCCCCAGGACCCUCCUCCCUGCCCUUCCCCCCGGAUGCAGGGUGCAGGAUGGCACCCCCAGAGGCACCACAGAGUGGAGGUCUGCAGCCAGCAUCCUUGCACUGUAGGAGGAGCAGGGGAGGGGGACAGACCCUCCAGCAAAGAGCCUUGGGAGCACCCCAGGGCCCAGGGGCUGGGCUGCCUCUGCCCAGCCGCCCUCCAGCCGGGGCACAGCAGCUCCGUGACCCCGCUGUACCCUGAGCCCUGGCAGUGAGCUCCUGGGGCUGGCAGGAAUCCUGCCCGCUCCCCACGCCCAGCUGGAGGCAGCGGGAGGGCCGAGGGCAGAGCUGGGAUAAACCACAGCAGACAGCUGUAGCGGGAAGAAAGGGGGAUUGAGGGAUUACCGCAGCAAAGGGCUCAAAGCCCAUUAAAGCUGGGGAUCAGUUUGCUCCCCCCUGGGGAGAAGGAAAGUAGGGCCUCUGCCCCACAGGAACUAAUCUGCCCCUUAAUGAGGAGUUGGGGAAUUUUGUUGUCAACAACCAGCAACGCGCCUGCCCAGCGCCGAGGGGGUGUGGGGGCAUGGAGCAGAGCUGAGACCCCCGACCAAGGGGGACGCCCUACACCAGCAGCUGCCCCAGUUCCUGGAACCACCACAUUUCCCAUCAGGACGAACUGUUCCUGGACUGGAUUCGGCUCUGCUUGUCCCAUCAGAGCAGCGUUCCUGCCUGUGCCGGCUCUGUGCCAGCCCACAGCAGCCCACGCUCUGCUCCUUGGCCCCGUUCGCUCCAGCCUCCCCUCCAGCCCAGCAGGGGCUGCCCCUGUGGGGCAGGAGUCGCAAACAGCCCCGGGGUGGGCUGGGGUCUCCUGCACGUGCUGUGUGCCCUUGACCAGACCCUGCUUCCCCCGAUCGGGGACUCCCAGGUUUGUUCCCCAGCCUCGCGUGACAGGGGCUGAGCAGAGCUGCUAUUUCUGUCCCCGGCACACAGAUGCUAGCCACAAAGUAAAAGAUGCAGGAUGGGCUCUGGAGUGGGGUCGCAUCUGCCUCCUCGCCUUCCUCCCCGGGGCUGGGUUUGUGCUCUCCACCGCUCUCGGUAUCGGGAGUGGCACGUGGUCAAACCACAGGUUGCAGAACGCUGAGACGCCGACGGCUCCAGACUCACCGGCCAGGGGGAAAGGUCCUGUGGCGUGAUGCAGGAGCAGGUGACCCCCAGCCCCACCUCAGCAGACCUGAUCACCACCACCGACUUCUACCCCUGGGAGGACGGGUACUUGUGGGAGGACGGCAUGCUGCCCGAGCUCUGCGAGAAGCAGGCAGUGCAGGACUUAGCCCGCACCUACCAGCCUACUGUCUACCUGCUGCUUUCGCUGCUGGGCAUGGUUGGGAACGGACUCGUGCUGCUCACGCACAUCCGUUACCACCGGGCACACAGCAUCACCGACGUCUGCCUCCUGCACCUUGCCCUGUCUGACUUUCUGCUGCUCCUGACGUUGCCUUUUGCCAUCAUCGACACACUGCAGGGCUGGUCCCCAGGCACAGCUGCCUGCAAGGCACUGCAGGGCCUCUACGCCCUCAACUUCUACAGCGGCUUCCUCUUCCUCACCUGCAUCAGCGUGGACCGCUACGUGGCCAUCGUGCGUGUGCCAGCUGCCUGCCGCCUGCGCCCACGGGCUCGCCGCCACGGCUGGCUGACGGCGGGGCUGGCCUGGCUGCUGGCCACGCUGCUGGCACUGCCCCAGUUCAUCUACGGCCGAGCGGAGCAGCACCAGGACCUCCACGUCUGCCGCAUCGUCUUCCCCCCUGCAGUCUCGCGGGCAGCCCGGGGGGCCACCAACCUGGUGCAGGUCGUGCUGGGCUUCGUGGUGCCUUUCCUGGUGAUGGUGAGCUGCUACGCAGCCGUGGCCCGGACGCUGCUGGCGGCCCGCGGUGCCCAGCCCCACCGGGCACUGCGGGUGCUGCUGGCCCUCGUGCUGGUGUUCGUGGCCCUGCAGCUGCCCCACAGCCUGAUGGUGCUGCUGGAUGCAGCCGAGCUUCUGGCCAGCUGGGAGGUGACCUGUGCCCAGAGCCGCCGCAAGGACAUGGCGCUGCUGGUCACCGGGGGGCUGGCAUACCUGCGCUGCUGCCUCAACCCGCUGCUCUACGCUUUCCUGGGCCAGCGGUUCCGCCAGGAGCUGUGGCUGUUGGCCAGUGAUGCCGGCUGCGUGGGGCCCCUCGACCCGCGCUGCUCUAGCUGCCCCAGUCCCCGCCGACGGGCAUCGCUCUCCACCUUCCAGGACAUGAUAUAGGGACACGGUGCCCAUGGCCGGGGCAAGGACAAGCACCCUGGGGCUCGGCCCCUCCGUGGCUCCCCAGGGAGAGCCUCGCUCAUGCACAGACCUGCCCUGGGCCCUGGCAGAGCAGCCUGGCAGGGGCAGCACCGGACAACCUGCAUGGUGCCUGCACAUGCGUGGACAGAGGGAAGAGCAGCCCCGCAGCGCCUGUGCGCCCUGCAAGCACCUCUGCUGCCUGGCGAACCGCUGGGCCGUGGGGACUCUGCUAUGUCACAUGUGCUGCAGGGGACCAUGCAAUGUCACAUGUGCUCAGGGGGGCCAUACAAUGUCAACGUGCUCCAGGGGACCAUGCAAUGUUGUGCGUACUCUGGGGGGGACACAAUGCAAUGUCACAUGUGCUCCAGGGGACCAUGCAAUGUCAUGCACACUCUGAGGGGGACCACACAGUGUCACACGUGCUCUGGGGGAGCUGUACAAUGUCACGUGUGCUCUGGGGGGGCAUGCGAUGUCACAUGUGCUGCAGGGGACCACGUAAUGUCACAUGUGUUCCAGGGGA